CAUUGCGCCGACACCACGGUCGUAAACCGUCACAAAUGAAUAAAGAAUGCUACUGCGAAAAUUGAAUAAAACAUUAAACAAUAUCAAUGGAAGAUGGUGCCAUAAAAUGGUGAAUUAUUCGGAAUCCGUGAAUUGGUAGAUCGAUACUCCGGGACAAUAUUUUGAUUUUAGGAUACUGGUGGACGGCGGUCAGUUCGAUAAUUAUGGAUCGGGAUCGGGAUCCCUUAUCUGAGGUUCUUAACACUAUCCGAGUCAAAGAAACAAUGACCAGUAUGGACGACAGACCCAGAUUUAAACGAGUGUUUGGUACAGACAUCGAUCCUGAAUAUUCAAGAGACAAUGAAUGGAAGGAACUUAUGUCAAGGGCGAAAAUAAAGCAACGAUUAAAAGCGGCACGUGAUCGCCGGAAAUCAAAGCUACAGGACAUGGAGAAAAAACUAGCGAGCGAUGUAGCAGAAGUAUCAAUUCAACAGGAACCAGUUAAAAAUAGUCCUAAUAAGGCCAAACUGCUAGCGGAGUACAAUUCAAUGAAAGGAAAAUCAGUAAACUUGAGACCAAGUCCAGAACACCGAGAAAACCGAAUUGGUAGCAAAAAUGAUAAUGAACCAGUACUGAAAGAACCAGAAAAAGAAAACAGAAAUGAUGAAAAAGGUGUAUAUAAUGAGGUACGACCCUUUAGUACCGAAGAACAAUCGAGAUCUACAAUUGUUGUGUCAGCUAUCAUAGAGAAUAAAAUGAUAGAUAUGGACGAAAACGAACUUGAUACAAAUUACUGUGUUCCCAAAAAGGAGGCAGAUUAUGCAUCGGAAGUGAACGAAGAAAACGAUAGUAACAAAGAAAUGGGCGACGUGCACGACCAAUCCUCAGACGGAAGUGAGGAAUUGGAGGAAAAGACAGAAGACGCAGUAGGAAAUCUAGAGGAGGAAACAAAGGAAAAGACCGAACCGAUGCCAAAACAAAGAAAAAAGAAAGUGAAGCAAAAGAAAAAGGUGAAAAGUAAACCGACAACGAAAGAAAAACAUGUCAAUGUGAAAUUACCAAAACACAAAGAUAAGAAGGAUGAUUUAAAGGGAAUUAAAGAAGAUGCCGAGGAGCAUAAUAACAAUGAACAGACCACAGGUGACGAGAAUAACACCAAGGCUUCCAACAAGUGGAAAAAAUCAGCAAUGAAAGUGUUGCCAUGGACGGAUAUGUGUUCUAAACUCCGACAACGUAUUGAAGAGGAGAAUGAAAAACAAAUGGAUUUUCUGGAGACAAUAAGAAUUCUGAGAGGCAUAUCAAGGAGCGAAUUUUAUAAAGAUAUCGAAAAUGACUCUACUGAUUCUGAGACAGAACAAUUACCAAAAGAGGAACCGGAGCCAGUGCAAACUCCACCGCUUCCAGCGCCCCGAACUCCGACCCCUCCCAUCGAUGAGAGCGAAAAUAAGAGUGAAGUGGUGGAAAAUUCUAAGGAGGAAGAGGUGACAAAGGAGGAUACGUUUACAACCGAGGUAAAUCCAGAACUUCCUGUGGUAGUCAUUGAGAAAAAAGAAGAAUUGGAGCAAAAAACACCAAAGAAAGGUGUGGUUUCAAGGAUAGACACUCGAUGGCCUGCUGGCCACAAGUUCCAUACAAAACCCGCAGAACAGAAAUAUUUGUCGUUUUACCUAAAACCAAUUCAUCACAAACUUUCAAAGAAUAAGAUUAAUAUACAUACUUUACCUAGAACAGCCAAGGAGAUAACAGAAUAUCUGCAGUGGAGAGAAAAACUUUUAGAAAUUGCGUACCUGAAUGAGUUCAGUCAUCUUCGUAAGUUUAGCUUGCUAAGCUUUGCCAUGCCUUUACCUAGCAUUGAACAAAAUUCAUUUUCUCCUUACCCUGUGCAAAAUAAAAAGAGAUCCCUUUCGCGAUCUACAAAUAGGAGCUCAGUACACAACGAACAAAAUACAACAUUUCAACAGCAGUCGUACCUAGCUUUUAACAAAAGGAAUGGAACAGAUCACAAAAGUACUCCACGUCCCCAACACAAAAACAAAGAGAAAAAGAAGACUCGAAAUAAAGACAAUGAGAACCCAAACCCUUAUCUUACUUCAAACACAUUUAGGAAAAAGAAACAUGAUAAGUGUAAGAAGGAGAAAAUAUCACACAAAGUAGAGCAAGACAUCGACUAUGGUUCGCCUGUGGAAAAUGAAUUAGAAACAUUGAUGUCAAAAAUGAAUGAAGAUUCAAAGCGAAGUAGAAACGAUACUGGAGCUAAAAGUCAGAGUACAGACAGUGCAAUCAACGAACCGAGUUAUGAUAGUGAUGAAAAUGAAAGUGACGUCACUGGGACUCCUACAAGGAACUCUUCAAUUGGUAAGGAUCAGGAAAAAGAGGAUACGGGGGAUUUCAUUCCUAAAGAGCGGCAGUUAACAGGAGAAGGAAGAAGAACAAAUCAUAGUGAAAAGGCAAGCGUCUGAUUAGUAUUGAUAUCAAGUCACCUUACUGAAUAUAAAUGUUAUCUUUGCGACCAUCAGGCUGUAUAGAAAAAAGAAAUAAAUCAAUGCAUUUUGAUUGCACAUAUACUUGCCGAAAGACAUAAUUUUUAGUAGUCUUUCUACUCUAAUUUAAACCUCU